AUGGAUGCCCUUGGCAAGCUUGGAUUCUCUUAUCAGAAAUGCACCGCGGCCAUCCGCAUGCUUGCAUAUGGAAUUUCAGACGAUCUGGUGGAUGAGUACGUGCGCAUGAGUGAGUCCACAUGUCUGCUGUCACUGUACAGCUUCUGCAAGGCCGUGGUGGCAGUGUUUGGCCCUGAGUACUUGCGGCAGCCAAAUGCCGCUGAUACAGAACGGCUGCUGGUGAUCAACGCCGCUAGAGGCUUUCCAGACAUGCUUGGCAGCAUAGAUUGUAUGCACUGGAAGUGGAAGAACUGUCCAUUUUCUUGGCAGGGCCAGUACAAGGGGCGUGUGAAAGCAUGCACUGUCAUAUUAGAAGCAGAGGAGUGGCCUGACGCUGUGCCGGACUUGGAGGAGCAGGAGUGUCCUGACGCGUUGGUGGACUUGGAGGAGCGGGAGUCUGCUGACGCGGUGGUGGACUUAGAGGAGGAGUCGGCCGACGUGGUGUCGGUGGCCUUCGAAAGAUGA